UUCGAAAAAUCCCAAAAAAAAUUAAAGUUUUCCAAAAUGUCCAAUAUUGCUAAGUUUUUAGCACUAGAUAAAGUGGUAAAUUUGUUCAAUAUUAUUCGCCAAAAUGGCGGAGUCAGAGGCUCGUUGUGGAAACUAUACAGGCAAGACGAGCUGAAGGAUGGUGUGCUAGUUGGUGAAGACAAGCAUGGCAACAAGUACUAUGAGAACCCUCGCUACUUCUAUGGACGCAACCGCUGGGUCGAGUACGCUGAUAAGUAUCACAUGAACUAUGACGGUAGUCAGAUCCCCGCCGAGUGGUUUGGCUGGAUGCACUACAAAACAGACUUGCCCCCUCACCAGGACCCAAGCCGCCCCAAGUACCCAUGGAUGGCUGACGGCAACGAAAACGUGUCAGGCACAUGCGGGCAAUACGUCCCCUACACCACCACCCGGGCCAAGAUCGAACCGUGGACCCCGAAGCGGAAGAGCGAUGUCUAACUACUGUGUCAGUGCUUGAUUUGAAACUUAAGUGCCAAUUUCUCCAUUGUCGGUUAUCUAAGCGACAGGGAUUGAUU